AUGCUCUCUUCAAUUUCUCACCCCCUUCCUUACUCUCUCUCUCUCUUGUUCUCUCCAAUGUCUCUCAUGGUCUCUCCAAUUUCUCUCUCUCUUUCUCCAGUUUCUCUCUCUCUCUUUUCUCUAUUGCUCUCUCCAAUUUCUCUCUCUCUCUCUCUCUCUCUCUCUCUCUCUCGCUUAUUCUUUAUUUCUCUGGAGAUUUUCUUGAAAGUAUCUUCGACUGUUUAUCUAUGUUGUGUGUGCAGCGACAUUCUCUCUCUCUCUCUCUCUCUCUACCUAUCUAUCUCUCGCUGUCAAUCUCUCCCGCUUGCAUGUUUUCUCUCCUAUAUGUUUUCUCUCUCGCGUCUUAUUGAUCUCAUAACUGCUCUCUCUCUCCCUCUCUCAUCCUCUCUCUCUCUUCUUUCUCAUUUUUUCUUGUGUAUUCUCUCUGUUUCGCUUUUCAUUCUUGCUUUUUCUUUCUCUUUCGGUCACACAUACACACACACCGACAUUGAUUUAAACACUGUUAUAGUCAGUAACAGCCUUUUUCAUGAAAUGUUCAGUAAAAUUGCUCGAUGCUUUUCAGAGUUUAAAGAAUAUUUAAAAAUAGUGUUGAAUACAUAUUUAAGCACAGACACUGUGGCUGCAGUUUCCUGA